AUGGUAGAUAACUAUGUAGUUAGAAAUCCAGUUUUCGAUGGGACAAAUUAUGCAUUUUGGAAUAUCAAGAUGAAAGCCUAUCUGAACGCACUUAGUUAUGAUGUUUGGCAAUCCGUGGUAGAUGGAUACACACCUCCAUCAACUCCUCCAACCGAUGCAGUAGGAAAGAGGAAAAGUGAGAAUAAUGCCAAAGUAGAACAUGCUCUCCUAUGCAGCCUGGCUGAUUCUGAAUUUACAAAAGUCAUGCAUUGCAAAUCAGCAAAAGAGAUAUGGAACAAAUUGAAAAGUAUCUAUGAAGGGGAUGAAAAGGUAAGAGAGGACAAGCUUCAAUCACUUAGAAUGAAAUUUGAAAGCCUUAAAAUGAAGGAAGAUGAAGAUAUCGCCACCUACUUUUUGCAUGUGGAUGAAAUCGUAAAUGCAAUCAUAGCAUUAGGAGAAGAAGUUGAAGACACACCACUCGUUCGAAAGUUGUUGAGAACAUUGACAAUGAAAUUUGAUCCUAAGAUAUCAGCAAUAGAAGAAAUGAAGGAUUUGAAAACAUUAACAAAAGAUGAAUUGUUUGGAAUCCUCACAGCCUAUGAAAUGAGGAGAGAAGACAAACCAUCACAAAAGGAGGUAUCUUUCAAAGCAUCAAAGAAGGGCAAGAACAAAAAUCAUACACCAAAAGAGAGUACAAGCAGUGAAUCAGAUGAGGUUGAAGCUUACUUCAUGAGAAAGUUCAAAAAGGGCAAAGGCAAAUUCCCUUUCAAAUGUUUCAAUUGUGGCAAGGUUGGGCAUUAUGCUUCAAAGUGUCCUCAAAAUGAAAGUGAUAGCAGUGAAGAGGAGAAGAAAAGCUAUUCAAAGAAGAAAGGAAAGAAAUACUUCAAGAAGAACUACUCAAAACAUAAGAAAAGCUUCUACUCUAAGCAAAGUUCCAGUUCAUUGGAGGAAACUUCUGAAGAUAUGUCCAGCAGUGAUGGAGAAGAGAUUCUUUUUAUGGCAAUGAAAGUCAAAGAUGAUGAAGAUGAGAAGGAAGAAGGACAAGAGGCUAUAUGUGAUGAAGAAGAUAUAGAUGAAGGAAAGCAAUUUGAGAAAGCUAUAGAAGAUCAUCCUAAGGAACAAAGUGAUGAAGAAGAAUUAAAAGAAGAAAGUGAAAAUGAGGAACAAGAAAGUUUUGAAACUCCAUCAAAAACACCGUCAGAGACACCUUUAAAAACACCAUCAAAAACUCCAUCAAAGUUUGUUCAGAAAAAUCAUCCAGAAAGCUUGGUUAUUGGAGAGUUGGAUAUAAACAUUCAGACAAGGAGGAGACUAGCUACCACCAUAAAACAUGCUCAUUUCUGUCUACUUUCUAAGAUAGAACCAAGGAAUUUUGAUGAAGCUAGUGAAGACAAGUAUUGGGUAAAUGCUAUGAAUGAGGAGUUGGACCAAAUUGAAAGAAAUCACACAUGCGAGCUUGUUCCAAGACCCUCAAACAAAAAUGUCAUUGGGACCAAGUGGGUUUUUUCGCAAUAA